UAUUCAAAAGAAGUCAACAGAACCCAAAAAAAUAAAACGUUUUGGCAUUUCAAUUGUGCGAAACCCGCAAAGGGUAAAAUAAAAAUAAAAAUAAUCAAAUAAAAAUCUCUCUGUCUCCUGCGUCUUUAAUGGCGCUUUCUCAUUCUCACUCACAGAUUUUUUAAUUAUUAUCGAGAUUAUUAUGAUAAUGGAGGUGGAUUUUGUUACAAGUGGAAUAUUAGAAGAAGAAUUGCCUCUUGAAGUUGACGAGAAUAUUCAUGAUAAUUAUAAUUUUGAGGGCGAAAGAUGUGGGAUAUGCAUGGAUAUUGUUAUUGACCGGGGCGUUCUCGAUUGUUGCCAUCACUGGUUUUGUUUUGGUUGCAUUGACAAUUGGGCCACAAUCACGAACCUUUGUCCACUCUGUCAGAAUGAAUUUCAGUCUAUUACAUGUGUUCCGGUAUAUGAUACCAUUGGAAACAACAAAGUUGAUGAGGACUCACUUUCCAGAGAUGAUGAUUGGUCUAUUGAAGGGAAGAACAACACUCUCUCCUUUCCAUCAUACUAUAUCGAUGAAAAUGCAGUUAUCUGCUUGGAUGGAGAUGGCUGCAAGAUUCGAAGUGGAUCAGCAAAUAUUGAGGAAGAAUCUAAUCUCGAUACCUCUAUUGCUUGCGAUUCUUGUGACAUUUGGUAUCAUGCUUUUUGUGUGGGCUUUGAUGCUGAAGGGACAUCAGAGGAUACAUGGUUAUGCCCGAGAUGCACAGUUGGUGAAGUGCCACAGAAAUCUGAUGUAGCUUCGCUACAGAAGCCAAACAACCAGUGUUAUUCAGAGAAUUCUCACAGUAGUAGUUUUGCUGAGGCUGAGGCUGAGGCUGCUUUUUCUGGAAAGAUGUCUGUAUCUAUCGCUGAUGCUGGAGAAACAGCUGUUGUUGUCUCAAUGGUUGGAGGCACUAAAUGGACUGAAGAACCAAGUAAACCAACCCUUGAAGUUGAUGAGGACCUGAUGGAUGAUGCAGUUAAACCUGAUGGCAAUAGCUACAAGGUAGAAAGACAAUCUAGCAAAAAGACUGAUGUACAACCAACCGUGGAGGCACCGGAACUUGAACUGUCCUUAUCGUGUGAUGCAUCCUUCAGUCACCUAUCUACUUCCUUGGUGCUUGCUGAGUUGAAGACCAUUUGUGAUGAUGGAACAGUGAAUGAACCAAUUAUUGGUGAUGGUGUUAAAAAUUCUUUGAGAAAGUUGUUUAAUGAUUCCCUUGCCAGAAACAAGCUGUCUGGAAAGGAAUCUAGUGAAGGUCUUCAUCUUGGUUUAUCUUUGGCCUGUUCUUCAUCUGGUUACAUUAAGACCAAUGAAACUGACGAUCAAGGGACCAUUGAAGUACAACAGCAAAGUCUUUCUGAAGAAUCUUUGCUAAGAAGAGAUGAGAAGAUUCUACCAGUUGCUAAUGAGGAGGCCAUGAAAAUUAUUGGUGUGAAGAGAAAGCAUGCCACUUGCAGUGAUGAUGCUGUUAAGACUGCUGAUGAUAACGAAGACAAUGCUAAGAAUGAAGCUGCAGUUCUUGCAAAGAAGACCAGAGUCAGCAGGAAGUUGCAAAUAACUCCUAAGGACCAGGACAGUGCAUUUCUUCCAGAAGAUUCCCAAAAGUGCCCCGCCAAAAUAGCAGUUCUAAAAAAUGUCAAAUUAAAACGAUCUCUUGAAAAGCAAGAUGUCACUUCUGAUAUAAUGAGUGUGGUUAAAGGGACUGGUCGUAGGACUUUGAAGGGGCUUGCUCACCAGAGUCCUCCAGAUAAAUCAUCAAAAGAAGGGGAAAAUGCAGCGGGCUUGAGAGUGAAAAAGAUCAUGAGGAGAGCUGUGGAGGACAAGGAAUCAUCUGUUGUAGUUCAAAACCUUAGAAAAGAAAUAAGAGAAGCUGUGCGUAACCGAUCUUCUGAUGAAAUUGGGGAAAACCUUUUUGACCCAAAGCUUCUUGCUGCCUUCCGAACUGCUGUAGCAGGAUCCACAGCUGAACCAGUGAAGAAGUUGCCCCCUUCUUCUCUGAAGGCAAAGAAGUCCUUGCUGCAGAAGGGUAAAGUUCGUGAGAAUCUGACAAAGAAAAUAUAUGGAGAUUCUAAUGGAAGAAGAAAACAUGCAUGGGAUCGAGACUGUGAUGUUGAAUUCUGGAAGUAUCGCUGUAUGAGGGUUACAAAGCCUGAAAAAAUUGCAACUUUGAAGUCAGUUCUUACUCUCCUUAGAAAGAAUCCAGAAGGCUCAGAGAUGGAUCAGGGAUAUGAAUUCCAGGAGACCAAUCCCAUUCUGUCAAGAUUAUAUUUAGCAGACACAUCUGUUUUUCCAAGAAAGGAUGAUAUCAAGCCUCUCUUAGCUUCUACAACUACAAGUAACACUGAACAGAAUAAAGCUCAGGAAAUUUCAAUGGAUAAAGUUCGGAAGCCAUCUCCUGAUGAUCAUACUCUUAAAUCUGCAGGAGCAAAUAAAGUAUCAUCAAAGCUUAUUGUGCCUUCAAUUCAUGAUAAAGGGCUUAAGGAUAAAGUUCUCAGCACAAAUUGUCAGCCUGCUUCUAUCAAAGCACAACCGGCUGGAUGUUCCAAAGUCAAUUCACAGAAGGAAAAAGGUGCUCAAUCUGAUGAUAAAAGGAUGGAUAAAAGAAAAUGGGCCUUGGAGGUGCUUGCAAGAAAAAAGGCAGUUUCAGGUAAAACUGCAGCAGAUGAAAAACAGGAAGACAAUGCAGUGCUUAAAGGAAAUUAUCCUUUACUCGCUCAACUGCCAAUUGACAUGAGACCGGUGUUAGCAUCCUGUCGCCACAAUAAAAUCCCCAUAUCGGUUAGACAGACACAACUUUACCGACUGACAGAGCACUUCUUGAGGAAAGUAAAUCUGCCAGAGAUUCGCAAAACUGCAGAAACAGAGUUGGCUGUUGCAGAUGCAAUUAAUAUUGAGAAGGAGGUUGCCGACAAGGCAAACAGCAAAAUAGUAUAUUUGAAUCUUUGUUCUCAGGAAAUAACGCGUCACUCAGAUGACAGAAAGUCCAAUAGAGCCACGGUAUCAAAUUCUUCACCAUCUGCAGUCACUGUUGAUAGAUUAGAACAAGAUAUCGAUGAACUUCCAACGGAUCCUGCAGUUUUAGAUGCAUUGAGAAAUGCAGGACUCUUAUCUGAUUCUCCUCCAAGUAGUCCCCAUCAUAAAAUGGAGGUUUCCAAUGAAGUAGAUGAUUCCUCAAUGCAGAUCAAAGAAGAAGGGCCUGAUAAUGUAUUUGAAAUGGAUUCUCAUCCAGAUGUUGAUAUAUAUGGUGAUUUUGAGUAUGAUUUAGAAGAUGAAGACUACAUUGGUGCUACUAAUUUGACAGUCCCCAAGCUUAUAGUAGAAGAAGGCGAGUCAAGGAUGAAAGUAGUCUUCUCCACUCUUAAAUCUGAAAUGCCGAACAAUUUUCAGGAUCUUGAAGGUUGUUUGACUUUGGGGAAUAAUGAAGAACUCAAGGACUCUGCCUCCUCGCCAAAGAUUCAUGUUGAUGCAGGCAUCGUCAGCACAACCGUGGAGGGUGGAACUAAUAGGUCUUGUGCUGAUUCAGAACCUGUACCUGGCGAAGAAGGUGAAGAACCUUCUCUUGCAGAAUGUGAUGAACUAUAUGGUCCAGACAAGGAGCCUCUGAUCAACAAAUUUCCAGAAGAAGCAUCUAGAAAUCUACAUGAGCUGGCUGACCCUGAGGCUUCAACUAAGCACAAAGGUUCGGGAGAAAAUGAAAAUAAUUCAUCAAGACAAGAUGGGAAUACCAAUGCGACCUCUGCUGGUCACACUUGUGAUGGAGAAACCACGUGUGACCUUUCUCAAACAGUUGAAAGUGGCCGUAAAAAGGAUAGUUCUAAGACUAACACUAACAAGCAGGGUGACAUUAUCAAUUCUGUUUCUAAGAAGGUUGAAGCGUACAUCAAAGAGCACGUCAGGCCACUGUGUAAGAGUGGCAUAAUCACUGCUGAACAGUAUAGAUGGGCUGUGGCAAAAACUACUGAUAAGGUUAUGAAAUACCACUUGAAUGCGAAAAAUGCAAAUUUCCUAAUCAAGGAAGGUGAGAAGGUGAAGAAACUUGCUGAGCAGUAUGUUGAGGCAGCACAGCAAAAGGAAAGGAGUGAUUCCGUAUGACCAACCCUUGUCUUUAGAGCUUCUGCAGCAUGUUUUUGUUCUCCAGUCCAAGUAUUCUACCCAUGACUAUGGGAUCCAACUCAAGUCGUUGUUGAUACUGCUCUUGUAUGCACCGAAAUUUGAAAAAUGUGUUCAAGCAGGAGGUUUUGUUUCAAUGUCUAGCCCAUUCGAUCAGACUUUACCAAUGGUGAUCCCUUCUUCAUCUGAGCUACUUGUCCCUGGACAACAGGAGAUGGAAAAUGCAAACACAACUAAUUGAUUACAGUCAAAACAACAGAACUGGAUCUGCUUGGAAUUUUGGACCCAAGCAUCCACAGAUUUAUUUUAUCACCACGGUCACUUCACAAGAACUCCAAAAAACAAAGAAAUCUCUCCUGCAAGGGAGAUGUAUGCUGUAACAGAUGCAGACAUGACAAUUCCGAAACGAAGAAGAGCUGCGCAUUUGGAACUAUUUCUAUGGAUGUGAAAUAACAAUUGAUGUGCGCAGAGGAGUGGUUAUGCGAUGCAAAUCAUUCCAAAUGCAUGGCAUAAGCUCAAUGUUUCGUUUGUGUUGAUUUCAUGAAUGCGUUGUAUGUUUUGUAUCAUGUAUAUCUGCCAGUUGAAACAAAGUCAAUUCGGAUAAAACGAGUUGGGUUUUCUCCUUC